GCACUCUGAAGGAGCUUGAGAACCUCAAGGAGAAUGUUCUACUCCCAGAAGAUGCUAUGAACCAUGUCAUAAAUUUGCCCAUCGCCUAGCUCUGGAGCAAUCAUGUUGACCCGGCUGUUCAGUGAGCCCAGUCUGAUCCCUGAGGUGCAGAAAUUCGCCAGUUGGGCAGAGGAUUGCGAUGAUGAUGAUGAUGAUAUGAGCGAUAAGGAUGAGGAAGAGGAGAAGUCUCUGCAGGAUGGCAAAACAGAAGGGUCUCUGAGUGAAAGUAAGGAGGACGGUGACAUGAUGGGGGAAGAGGAGGAAGAGGAGGAGGAGGAGGAAGAAGGGACGGAGGAACUGGAUGGUGAGAGGCCCAAAAAACGGGGACCCAAAAAGAGAAAGAUGACCAAAGCCCGAAUCGAGAGGUCUAAGGUUCGGAGGCAGAAAGCCAACGCCAGGGAGCGGAACCGAAUGCACGACCUGAACUCCGCGCUUGACAACCUCAGGAAGGUCGUUCCUUGUUACUCCAAAACCCAGAAACUCUCCAAGAUAGAGACUCUCAGGCUCGCCAAGAACUACAUCUGGGCCCUGUCGGAGAUCCUCCGCUCCGGCAAGAGGCCCGACUUGGUCGCCUAUGUGCAGACCCUGUGUAAGGGAUUGUCGCAGCCCACCACCAACCUUGUGGCCGGCUGUUUGCAACUCAACUCUAGGAAUUUCCUCACUGAGCAAGGUCAGGAGUCGGGGAGGUACCACGGCCCCAACUCUUCCUUUGCCAUGCACCCCUACCCCUACCAGUGCCCCCGACUCUCAGGCUCCCAGUGCCAGUCCAGCACCAUGGCCAGCUCCCAUGCUCUCAGAACCCACGGCUAUUACGAUUCCAUUUACGGCAACACGUCUCCGGACUACAAUAGCUCAGAGUAUGACGCCCCGCUGAGCCCACCACUGUGCAUUAAUGGCAACUUCUCCCUCAAGCAGGACUCGUCCCCAGACCAAGAUAAGAAUUAUCACUACUCUAUGCACUAUUCAGCCCUGCAGGCCUCCAGGUCCUCCGGCCAUGGCCUGCUCUUCAGCUCCUCUGGGAUGCGCAGUGGGGUGCACUCUGAGAACCUGUUGCCUUACGACAUGCACGUACAUCACGACCGGGCCCCAAUGUACGAGGAACUCAAUGCAUUUUUCCAUAACUGACCCACGUCCCCUUCUUUGACAUAUCUGUGUGUGUGUGUGACUGUGCAAUUUGUGCCAAGGAUUCUGCAAUGGUGGCUGGGCAGAGCCUGGUGGGCAGAGCCAUCACAAUUGCCGUAAAGAUACAGUCCUGCAGGCACCUUGUUGCCCUAGAGAUGUGGUGCAUUUGGUGACCAUUAGUCCUAUUGGGUAAAUGCUGAUUUCUGCCCUAAAAGCCCAAGAGCAUUGGGUGACCGAUUUGCCCCCAGAGCCCAGGUUCGCUGGUUGCCCUUUAUGUCUUAGAGCUGAUUUGCACCCAAUGACCCAUUUGCCCUUUCUGCCCUAGACAAGAGGCGCAUAGUGUAACACGUCUGUCCUGUCUGCCCUAGAGCCGAGGUGCAUUUGGUCACCAUUAGUCCUAUUGGGUAAAUGCUGCCCUAAAAGCCCAAGAGCAUUGGGUGACCGAUUUGCCCAUUCUGCCCUAGAGCAUUGGGUGACCGAUUUGCCCAUUCUGCCCUAGAGCACAUUGGGUGACUGAUUUGCCCUUUCUGCCCUAGAGCACAUUGGGUAACCGAUUUGCCCAUUCUGCCCUAGAGCACAUUGGGUAACCGAUUUGCCCUUUCUGCCCUAGAGCACAUUGGGUAACCGAUUUGCCCAUUCUGCCCUAGAGCAUUGGGUGACUGAUUUGCCCAUUUUGCCCUAGAGCAUUGGGUGACCGAUUUGCCCAUUCUGCCCUAGAGCAUUGGGUAACCGAUUUGCCCAUUCUGCCCUAGAGCAUUGGGUAACCGAUUUGCCCAUUCUGCCCUAGAGCAUUGGGUAACCGAUUUGCCCAUUCUGCCCUAGAGCAUUGGGUGACCCACUUGCCCCAGAGCUCAGGUUGGCUAGUUGCCCUUUAUAUCUUAGAGCUGAUUUGCACCCAAUGACCCAUUUGCCCUUUGUGCCCUAGACAAGAGGCGCAUAGUGUAACACGUCUGUCCUGUCUGCCCUAGAGCCGAGGUGCAUUUGGUGAACCAUCUGUCGCAACAGACAAGAGAUGCAAUUGCUUACAACCAAGAGUCGUGUUAGAUGGCGCUACUGGCUUACACCCAAUUAUUGCACUGGUUUACUCUUCUCUUCAGCGACCAAUAGCUGGUUUAGGUGACCAAUGACCACUGGGAACUUAUUAAACUACUAUUCUACAAAUAAGCCCCGUCUGGGCGGUUUGUUGCUCUAGGUGCCCCCAUUACUUUCCCCUACUGGUUAUGGGGUAGCACAGGUACAACAUAUCUGGAUUAAUUUACUUAUACCCCCUAUGUAUACACAAUUAGAGACCCCAAUACUCUGCCCCUUGAUACCCUGCUCUCACCAACCAAUUAUAGCGAUUAAGGCGGCUGUCCCUAAAUACACAAAUAAUCAAAUUAUUCUGACUUUUCCCCCCUUUCUAUAAAAACUGGAGCAAUCAUUUAGUACUAGGAUUGCGCCUUCGCCAUCUUUAAACACCCUAUACACUAUACUUGCGCAUUGCCCAGUCGGAAUUGAGCUGUGAAAAUGUGCGACUGUCGCACUUGCUACCAAUAGGCCAAGCAUAGUUAGUAGGUUCCAACAGUUGUCAAUAAGCAGAGCAGACUGCAACACUGUCGCUGUUGGUCUUUGGUUUACAAAUAAAUUAAUACAACAAAUCUGAGUUGUAUAAGCGACAAUAGUACCAAACGAAACGACUGUGCCACCCUUUGUAUGCCAGUGUGCGACAGGAGUUCAAUUCCCGUUACAUUGAGAGCAUAAAGCAAUAAAUUGUAAUAGAAAAACUAUGCAAAAAAAAA